AUGUCUCCAUCUCUGUUCAACAUAUACACGACAGAGCUACAUACGGUUGACGAAUCAGGUGUAAUAUUGGUGCAAUUCGCUGAUGAUUUCGCCCUGAUGGUCAGAGCGAAAUCCGUUGAGAUGGUAAACCAGAAGAUGCAACACCAAUUAAACCAGUUUGCACGAAAAGCACAAGAUCUGAAUUUGGACAUCAAUCCGGACAAGACCAAGGUAGUCUUAUUCCACGGAGGAAACAAUACGAUAAACGUUAGAAUCAACAACGUAGAGAUAGAGAUGGUCAACAGUCACAGAUAUCUCGGACUACAAAUCGAUAGAUUCCUAGGAUUUGGCGGACACAUACGGACUGUCAAACAAAAGAUUCAAGAACGGCUAAAAAUGCUGAAAGUUAUCAGUAGUAUACGAAGCGGCGGUCAUCCACAGACGAUGAAUUUAGUCUACAAUGCACUGGUCAGAAGCUGUAUUGAAUAUGGAUCAUCCGUGAUCAAUAACGCAUCUGUGACGAACAAAAAGACGAUACAAACUCUCAUCAAUUCGUGCCUGCGUAAAGUUACUGGGUGCAGUAAAACUACUCCACUGAACUCUUUACUAGCUGUAGCAAGUCAAGAGCCAUGGAACAUUAGAAGUGAAUAUAUAGCGUGCAGAGAGAUCGCCAAGAUUGUAGCGUAUCGAAGCCCGAUUCACGAACAACUGCUAGACAUCGAAGAAUACGAAGGGGACGAAGGAAGACUAACGUACAUGGAAAAACAAUAUCUGGAACAUGUACAUACAUUUAAAAUCAUCAGCCCUAUUCGAAGAGUAAGAGAACAUGCGGAUGUAGAGGAUAUCGAAAUCAACACAAACGUGGGAGCUACUUUCAAAAAGCAGAAUGCUAACCCCAAGAUGAUGAAGCAAAUGGUGUUAGGAAUGCUCAAUGGAAAAUACAGAUCCAGAAUAAAAAAUUUCACAGACGCAUCGAUGUGGGACGAUACUUGCGGGAUAGGAGUCUACGUGGAGUCUACCAACAAAAGAAUAGCGUUGAGGCUGGAACACCAAACAUCGAUAAUGACUGCCGAAAUGGUAGCGAUAAAAGUCGCCACAGAAGAAAUAAGUAAAGGACAGUUGAAGAACGCGGUGAUCCUGACGGAUUCAUUGUCGUCCUGUAUGAUGCUAGAGCAAAGCCAAAAGCAACCGGAACGAAGCCAGAUGACCGACGAGAUCAUCCAAAUAUGUAGGAAAUGGAAGGUCGACAUCCAGUGGAUUCCCAGCCAUAUCGAUAUCAAAGGCAACGAUUUGGCCGAUUCCUUGGCCAAACAUGGAGCGCAACACGGAGAACUACUUGAACAUCCAAUAUUGCUGAAAGAUGCAUAUCUACGGCUGCUGCAAAUAAAAAAACAGAAGGCAAACAAUUGGUAUAAAGAAUAUGCUAUUAACGAAAAAGGGCGGAAAUUUUUCGACAUACAGCCAGAAUUCAAAGAAGAACCGUAG